AUGGCAAACUCAAUGCAGGGCGAUGGGGCCCUCCCCAGCGCGGCGCUCUGGGCCUCCCAUAACAGGAUGGUAAUGGAGCCGCUGGAGAGGAACGACCCAGAGGUGCACAGCAUCAUCAAGAAGGAGAAGCAGCGGCAGAGACUGGGCCUGGAGUUAAUUGCAUCAGAGAACUUUGCGAGCCGAGCAGUCCUGGAGGCCCUGGGAUCCUGCAUGAACAACAAAUACUCCGAGGGCUACCCGGGACAGAGGUACUAUGGCGGGACGGAGUUUGUAGAUGAGCUGGAAAGGCUGUGCCAGAAGCGAGCCCUGGAGGCGUACCGGCUCGACCCCCAGAAGUGGGGCGUCAACGUCCAGCCCUACUCAGGGUCACCCGCAAACUUUGCGGUGUACACGGCACUGGUGGAGCCCCACGGCAGGAUCAUGGGGCUGGACCUGCCAGACGGGGGCCACCUCACCCAUGGGUUCAUGACGGACAAGAAGAAGAUCUCUGCCACCUCUGUCUUCUUUGAGUCCAUGCCUUACAAGGUACCGAGCUGCGCCCCCAGCCACAGCCAGGAUGGUCCUCCAGCAUCUGCUCCUGUCCCCUCCACAUCCCAUCUCCCUGCAGGUGUCAGCUGCUAUUCCCGCAAUUUGGACUACGCCCGCAUGCGGAAGAUCGCCGAUGCCAACGGUGCCUAUCUCAUGGCCGACAUGGCCCACAUCAGCGGGCUCGUGGCUGCCGGUGUCGUGCCCUCCCCCUUUGACCACUGCGACGUCGUCUCCACCACCACCCACAAGACCCUGAGGGGCUGCAGGGCCGGCAUGAUCUUCUACCGCAAAGGCACCCGCAGUGUGGACCCCAAGACGGGCAAGGAAACGCUCUACAACCUGGAGAGCCUCAUCAACCAAGCCGUCUUCCCCGGGCUGCAGGGAGGCCCGCACAACCACGCCAUUGCAGGGAUCGCCGUGGCGCUGCAGCAGGCCACGACGCCCGAGUUCAAGGCCUACCAGCAGCAGGUGGUCGCAAACUGCAAGGCGCUCUCCUCGGCACUGAUGGAGCUGGGCUACGACAUCGUCACGGGGGGCUCCGACAACCACCUGAUUCUGCUGGACCUGCGCAGCAGAGGCACGGACGGCGGCCGGGCUGAGCGGGUGCUGGAGAUCUGCUCCAUCGCCUGCAACAAGAACACGUGCCCUGGCGACAUCAGCGCCCUGCGGCCCAGCGGCCUGCGGUUCGGGACACCGGCGCUUACAUCCCGCGGCUUCCUUCAGGACGAUUUCCGCAUGGUGGCUCAGUACAUCCACAGAGGGAUCGAGCUGACGCUGCGCGUGCAGAAGGACAUGAGCCCCAAGGCCACGCUGAAGGAAUUCAAGGAGAAACUAGAGGAGGAGAAGUACCGGGGGGAGCUGAAGGCGCUGAAGGAAGAGGUGGAAGCCUUUGCAGGGACCUUUCCACUCCCGGGGCUGCCGGUCCUCUAG